AGAAUGUGACCCCCAAAGAGAGAAGCUAAACAUGCAGUUCACGAUGACGAGCUAAUAAUUGAAUUAUGCAAAUCAUCAAUGUUGGUUUUCUAUUCCUCUGCUACAGCUAACUGUAAAUUUAGAGAUGCAUUUUUGUUAGGGAUGCUGGGCUUUAAGUGCGACCUCUUACCAUUAAAUGGACCCAACACGUUCCAGUCAGAGCAGUCAAAUGCAGUCCAUAGGACAUAAAAGCAGCUUUAUUUUCAUAUUACAAGGCCAGCUGAGCCCUGAAGACAGAGAUGCACGCUCACACACACACACACACACACACACACACACACACACACACACACACACACACACACACAGUUGUGUCGCUGCUCAUACAGUAGCUCCUCAGAACAACUUGUGCUCAGUUCCAGCGCGGCCUGAAUGAACGACUGUGUCCUCCGUCCUGCCCAGAGGCACAAAUCAUGCUGGCAGCCUGUGAGAAAAACAAAGCCUUUUCCUCAAGAUGCAGACAGAGAAGGAUGCUCAUUCCAAAGGCAGAAAGAUCUACCACAUUUUUUCACUUGUAUGUCUCGGCUUCUUAAACCCGGGCGAGGUGCAGGCGGUCAACAUGACCAUCCCCAACACGCUGAUCAGGGGCGCCGUGGGAGGCGAGGCCCUUCUGUCGGUUCGCUACAGCAGCAUCAGCCUCGACCUGCCCGUCAUCAAGUGGCAGCUCCAGAGGGAAAAGGCGGUCACCGUGGUCCAGUCCGUCGGCACCAACAUCAUUGGGACCCUACGGCCCGAGUAUCAAGACCGCAUCCUGGUGUUUGAGAACGGGACCCUGCUUCUCCACAACCUCAGGCUCUCUGAUGAUGGGACUUAUGAGGUGGAGAUCUCCAUCACUGAUGAUAUUUUUACUGGAGAGGGCAGCAUCACCCUCACCGUGGACGAGCCUAUAUCCAGGCCUUACAUCCACAUGGAGGCGUCGUCAGUGCUGGAGCUCAGCGAAAACUUCAUCCUCAACUGCUCCCAUGAAAACGGCACCAGGACCACGUACAGGUGGCUCAAAGGUGGGAAGCCCCUGGCCAAUGAGACGAGGUUCGUGUUGUCACCUGAUCAGAAGUGGCUGACCAUCGCUCGCGUGCUGAUGGCGGAUGAGGACAUCUACAGCUGCACGGUGGAGAACCCGCUGGGUAGCGUGACGAGCCUGCCGGUCAGGCUGGCUGUGUACAGAAGAAGCUCUGUCUACAUCAUGCUUUCCACUGGGGGGAUCUUCAUCCUCAUCACGCUGGUGACCGUGUGUGCAUGCUGGACUCCUUCUAAAAAGUCAAGACAGAAAUCUAAAAAGUCAAGGAUUUACGGUCAGUCGCAUCACAAACAGCUGAAACACAGAGAUGACAUGCUUCCUGACAUCCGGGAGCAAAACGGGAUAAAAGCGGUAACUUCCCUUUACGUCCUGCAACAGAAGGAUCCCUCCAUAGACUCCUCCUCCAGCAACAGCAUUGGGUCUCCCUCUGAACUGGACAACCCUCCAUCCUACACAACCUACCCAAAGUACACAGAUUCUCUUGUCCUGUCGGAUGCAUCUCCACCCAGCCUGUUCCCAAAGCGUAUCUGAAACUUCAUGAACUGCUCAACGGGCAAAACGAAGGAGCCGGUCCUUUUGAUGCCCGGAUUCAUGCAAAAGUAACUCGAGUCUUUGUGAACUCAAAUUUGUCCCGGAUCUGUUGUACAGUGCCUUGCAAAAGUACAUUUUGAAUUGUUGCAAUUAAAAGCCUUCAGGGUGUUUUAUUGGGAUUUUAUGUGACAGACCAACACAAAGCAUUGAAUAAUCAUAAAGUGGGAGUAAUAACAGCUGCGGGUCUUUUGACGUAUUUCUAUCAGCUUUUAGAAAGGGCAUUGUUUUUCUCAUUGAUCUUUGCUAAAUAACCCAAGCUCAGUCAGAUUUAUUGUCUGUAAGCAUCAAUUUACAGGUUUUGCCACAGAUCUUCAAUGGAAUUUAGUGCUGGACUUUGACUAGGCCGUUUUAGCACAUGAUCUAAACCAUUCCAUGAUCCAUAGCUCAACUCUUCUGCAGCAUCUGGCAGGUAUACUUCCAGGAUAGUUGUGUAUUUAGCUCCAUCCACCCAUCUUGCCAUCAACUUUUCUGUCCCUGCUGAAGAAAUGCUUCCCCACAGCAUGAUGCUGCCACCACUGUGUGUCACCAUGGGGAUGGCGUGUUCAGGGUGACCUGUGUGGUAUUAGUUAGUUUGGUUUUCUUCUUAUCCGACCAAAGGAAAUGCUUCGGCUUUCUUUCAACGUUGGCUUUCCUCUUGCCGCUCCUAUAAAGACCCGAUUUGUGGAGUGUGCAAUUAAAAUUUGUCCUGCUGACUGAUUCUCCCCCCGUACUCCUGUUGGCCUGUCAUGUUUUGUAUAUUGAGAGUAGGACCGACAUGCAGUCAGGAACUUGGGAAAAGCAUGGGGAAAAUUUGAUAAUUGAAAUGGAAAACUUGCACGAGGAGAACAGGAUGGGCAGAGUAAUGGGUGGAGAACCAGCAUUUAAUGGAAAAAGAAGAACUUGUAUUCAGAGGGAAAGGUGGAGAAUGACAUCGGAUGCAGGUGAGCCAAUCAAAACCAAAGAACUGGUGAAAGGUUUAUAAUUAACUCAAAAGAAUCUACAAAGAGUGGAAAUAUGCUAACACUGGUCUUCAGGAUAAACUAAAAUAUACCAAACAGAACACAAAAAUAACUAAGAAUCUAAACCUAAAAGAAUAAGUGUAUAUAUGGCAACACCUUUCUAACAAUACCAAACACAGAGAAAUUAACUUUUUUUAUGGCAAAAACAUUUGAACAUAAAUAAACAAAUAGAAAAUGAUGAAAACGAACACAAAAGAAAACCGGAUGCCAAACAUGACAGAGUUCUGGGAGAUGUUCAAAGCUUGAGAGAUUGUUUUAGAACCUGACCUGCUUUAAACUGGACCCGAACUGUUCGCCUGACUUGUCUGUUGGGUUUCUGUGAUGCUGAUUGUUCUCUAAUGUUCUCUGAAGAACCUCUGAGGCCUUUAGAGAACAGCUACACCCAUACCACAGUUACAUUACACAAG